AUGUCGUCCGGAAGCAAGCAAGUUAAGAAACUCGCCAACGGCAUGGGCAGUGGGCUCAGCGCAGGAAAUCUGAGCUACUUGCCAGACGAAAGCAACAAUGGCAAUGUAAAUCGAUUCUCACAGUCAUCCGCUGCUGAUGGACCUUAUUUCGCUCGAGCACGGAUACAGGAUCGAUCUGAACACGUAUCACGACUGUCGAGUCAACUCGAUGCAACAGAUGCAAUCAUGAAGAAAUGA